GCAUUUAUGUAAUAAGUUACGGAAACUGUCGCAGUAAUUGAAACAAAGAAAAUAUAUUUUUGUGGUAACUUUUUGUAGUAACUUGAGAUAGCGCAUGGCAACACUGCACUUCUAUUAUUGUGACAGUGACAGUUAACGCCCGAUACGGCUUGUACUCUUUUGCUUAUCUACGUCGCUAUGUAUAUCUGAUUAUAAACUUUCUUCACAUUUAGCAUUUAUGCUUUAAAGAAAUGAAAAUUUUCACAUAAUAAAGUAUAGAAGUGGUACUCAAAAAUAUAACGUUUUAAGCGUUGCCGUACCAUAUUACAGUUGUAGCGGAUAUCAAGAUAGACUGCCAUAUUUAUUGUUGUAUCUUGUUACAGGGGACGCAGUUAUAUUCUCCGGAAUGCAAGGAGAUACUGAGGAUAUCCCUGGAAUUGGUCAGUAUGAUGACUUCCACACCAUCGAUUGGCAGCGAGACAUCGCCAGAGAUCGGAUGAGACAUAGAUAUAUCGUUAAAAAAAGACAGGACUCAAUAUGGGAUCUUGUAAAGGGAGCCCAUGAUGCAUGGUCAGGCUGGGUAUGCGUGCUCCUGGUAGGGGUGUGCACUGGGGUAGUAGCGGGAGUCAUAGACAUCGGAGCCUCUUGGAUGACAGAUCUGAAGUUUGGCAUUUGCCCUCAGGCAUUUUGGUUCAACCGAGAACAGUGCUGUUGGUCCAGCGACGAGAUGACCUUCGAUCAGGGCAAUUGUUCAUUGGUGAGCUACUUCAGCUACAGAUUAUUGUGUAGAUAA